AUGGAACUAUAUGAGAAGUGUUCAUUAUGUGAGGAUCCAGAAUGUGCAAAUGUUCUUAACAGUUUAGGUCGUGUUAGUUUCGCAAAAGGUGAUAAUGAUGAAGCUAUUGAUCAUUGUUCAAAGUCGAUGAAGUUAUUUAAAAUGGGAUUAAUACCGUAUUGUCCAAGUCAGCCGUGUUCCAAUGGCCAUCAUAACUGGUACAUGAGUAAAUAUUCAAGAGCGCAAGAUAAAUAUCAAUGGCGUUGUCGUUCGAAAGGUUGUAAAUUAACUCGAUCUAUUCGUGACGGCACGUUCUUUUCCAAUUCAAAGUUAACAAUACAGCAAAUACUGGAUUUAAUUUAUUAUUGGUCACAAGGUGAAGAUACCCAUGAACAUCUUCGUCGGCAUUGUAAUUUCUCGAGUACCCGGCCGAAAUUGGUGGUGUCGAACAUGUGGUGGAAAUCGACGAAAGCGCGUGGACGAAACGGAAAUACAAUCGUGGGCGGGUGGCAUAAAACCAGUGGUGAUCAAUGGAGAGCAUAUAGCUCGUUAAAUACAAAUGUUAACCAAUAUGAACAUUAUACAGUCAACCAUACAUUAAAUUUUGUGGAUCCAGAAACAGCGGUGCACACACAAAAUGUGGAAAAUAUGUGGAUGUGUGCGAAAAGAAAAAAGAAGAGUAUGAUGGGUAUGCCGGUAACACUCCUACAAACGUAUCUUACGGAAUUCAUGUGGCGACAAAAAUUUGGAGGCCAGCCUUUUGAAAAUCUGGUAAAACAAAUUAAAGAACUGUAUCCGACUGAAGUUUAUUGUUAUUAA